AAGGUCCCGGCGAUGGCCGCAGCCACCAUAGUGCACGACACGUCUGAGGCGGUGGAGCUGUGCCCGCUGCACGGCCUCUACCUGAAGCCCAUCACCAAGAUGACCAUCAGCGUGGCCCUACCGCAGCUGAAGCAGCCCGGGAAGUCCAUCUCCAACUGGGAGGUGAUGGAGAGGCUGAAGGGCAUGGUGCACAACCACCAGUUCUCCACGCUGCGCAUCUCCAAGAGCACCAUGGACUUCAUCCGCUUCGAGGGCGAGGUGGAGAACAGGAGCAUGGUCAGGUCCUUCUUGGCCUGUCUGGACGGCAAGACCAUCAAGCUCAGCGGCUUCUCCGACAUCCUCAAGGUGCGCGCCGCCGAGUUCAAGAUCGACUUCCCCACCCGGCACGACUGGGACUCCUUCUUCCGCGACGCCAAGGACAUGAACGAGACGCUGCCCGGAGAGCGGCCGGACACCAUCCACCUGGAGGGCCUGCCCUGCAAGUGGUUCGCCCUGAAGGAGUCGGGCUCCGAGAAGCCCAGCGAGGACGUCCUGGUGAAGGUGUUUGAGAAGUUCGGGGAGAUCCGGAACGUGGACAUCCCCAUGCUCGACCCCUACCGGGAGGAGAUGACUGGGCGCAACUUCCACACCUUCAGUUUCGGGGGCCACCUGAAUUUCGAGGCGUACGUCCAGUACUGCGAGUACGCAGGCUUCAUCCAGGCCAUGAGCGCCCUGCGCGGCAUGAAGCUCAUGUACAAGGGCGAGGACGGCAAGGCCGUGGCCUGCAACAUCAAGGUCUCCUUUGACUCAACCAAACACCUGAGCGACGCCUCCAUCAAGAAGCGGCAGCUGGAGAGACAGAAGCUGCAGGAGCUGGAGCAGCAGCGGGAGGAGCAGAAGCGGCGGGAGAAGGAGGCUGAGGAGCGGCAGCGGGCCGAGGAGAGGAAGCAGAAGGAGCUGGAGGAGCUGGAGCGCGAGCGGAAGCGGGAGGAGAAGCUGCGGAAGCGGGAGCAGAAGCAGAGGGACCGCGAGCUGCGCCGCAGCCAGAAGAAGCUGGAGAAGCUGCAGGCGGAGGAGCAGAAGAAGCUGCAGGAGAAGAUCCGGCUGGAGGAGCGUAAGCUGCUGCUGGCCCAGCGCAACCUGCAGUCCAUCCGGCUGAUGGCGGAGCUGCUGAGCCGAGCCAAGGCCGCCAAGCUGCAGGAGCAGGAGCAGAAGGAGCAGGCCCUGCGGCAGCAGCAGCUGGAGGAGCGGCGGCGGCUGCAGGAGGCGGAGCUGCGGCGGGUGGAGGAGGAGAAGGAGCGCGCCCUGGGGCUGCAGCGGAAGGAGCGGCAGCUGCGCCAGCGCCUGCUGAGCAUCCUGCUGAGCAAGAAGGUGGGCGACCCGCAGGCGCAGGACGAGCCGGGCGUGGCGCCCGCGGACCUGCUGCAGCCCGUGCUGGACAUCCUGCACUCGGUGUCGGCCGGCUGCGUGAGCGCCGCCUCCUCGCAUCUCCUGGGGCGCCCGCUGCCCCCCAGCACCCCGAAGGAGGCCCCGCCGCAGCCCGAGCCGGAGGGCGCGCCCAGAAACGUGAAUGGGAGCGUGGCCGGCGACGCUCCGGGCAGGGACCCGCAGCCCCCUCACCCGGCCGCCCCCGACGGCGCGUCGCCCGAGAAGCGGUGCCCGGCCGUCCUGUCCUGCAUCCCCGACAACAACCAGCAGCCCAAGGGCGCCCCUGCGCCCUGCGAGCCGGCGCCCCGGAAGGACGUCCUGUCGGAGCAAGACAAGUGCAACCGGGAGCCCAGCCGCGGCCGGGGCCGGGCCGGCGGGGACCCGGGCGGCGAGGACCGGCCCCAGCGGGAGCGCAGCCGGUCGCGCCGCGGCAGCCGCGAGGAGGGGAGGCCGCGGAAGGAGCGCCGGUCCCACCGGAAGCGCUCGCACCAGGACCGCCCCCCGCGGCGCAGCGCCAGCCCCGGCCACGCCCACUCCCGGAAGUCGCGCAGCCGGGAGCGCGCCGCCCGCAGGGCCCGGAGCCGCGACCGCCGGGCGGGCUCCAGCCGGAAGCGCAGCCGCCGCCGCCACAGCCAGAGGUCGCGCUCGGGGUCCCCGGGUCGCAGCCGCAGCUCCUGGGACAGGUAA